AUGCCAUCGCUUCAGCAUCUUCCCCCUGAGCUGAUCUGCAUCAUCAGCGACCUCGCAGCACCUCAGAUCACUAAUGACCCGCCAGUAUGGGAAAGACGCCAUCAAUCGGCCAUGGCAAAGACAUGCCGCCGCCUUUACGACAUUGUCAACCCUCGCAUGUACAACCAAAAUCUGAAUCGCGAUUCGCCAUUUCUCUCCUGCGUCAUGUGGUCAGCCUUGGAGAACAAGACUGAGCCCAUCAUGGCGGGAAUCAGGUACGGCGCGGACCUAGAUCAAUGUCAGUAUGACCACGCGGGAGUCACACCGCGUGACAACAGCCCGACAGCGUUUGAGCUUUACCAUCCCCGAAAUUCCUACAGGCGUGUUACGCCCUUGCAAGUUGCACUUCAAAAAGGCAGCCGUGAUGCCGUCAAAGUUCUGCUACAAAAUGGAGCGAGUCCACAUGUGCAGGCGGUCGAGUUUUGCCAAUGUAACGAACCCUUAUGUGUUCGCCCUUAUGCACUUCAUACCGCAAUCCAGGAUAGCCCCAUCGAGGACGCUGUUGAGCUUUUAGUUACACUCGGCGGUGCUGUUUGGGAAGAAAAAGACCAAUCAGUCCUUCCACGACUGCUUACCAUGGGCCGGGACGAUCUUGUGCAACACAUCCUUAACCUGGCCUCUGCAGACGCCUCCAACGCGGCCCUGUAUCAUGCUGUGACUAGACAGGACAAAGAACUCUUCUCCACGGUGAUGCUGCGACCGGGCAUCAACGUCAACUUGCGGAACGCUGGGGAGGGCCGGUGCUUCAUCACGCCUUGA